AUGAUGAAGGUAAUGGCUACGAUCGAGUGGCGUUUGCAGUCUCGUUCGAAUGUGGAGUUUCGACGAGCAUGGACGUGUCUGGAAUGUGGGCCGUCGACAGUGGUGCAACGCACCACAUUUGCCACGACAAGACCAAGUUCGCAAGUUUGGCAGAGCGCAAUGAGGGGCGAACUCUUGGUGGCUGAUGGCAACAAGGUGGCCAUCAAGGGUGUGGGAACCAUAAUGGAAAAGGUGGUUCUGCCCAACGGUGAAGAGCGUGAGAUCGAAAUCAAGAACGCGCUAUAUGUUCCAAGUAUGAGCAAGAACCUGCUCUCGGUACCACAGAUUAACAGCCAUGGCAAGUUUCAAGUCGUGUUUGACGGGUCCAAGAUGUAUGUGACUCUCAAGAACUCACAGCAAGUGGUGGCGACAGCGGAUCUCGUGGAUGGACUCUACUGGCUUCGGACGACUCAACGAUCAGCGAAUGUGACAACAAGUGGAACCAGUUGUGCCGAUCUACAUGCGAGAAUGGGUCAUGCUCCAGUCGAUGUACUUCGCAAGAUGAUCGCGACCAACAUGAUCAAGGAUGUGCGAGUCCCUCUCAAGUCGGGUGGAGCAACUACAUGUCGAGGAUGUCAACAAGGGAAAAUGGUCCAAAAACCAUUUCCAAGCAACCGAGACAAGCGCAGCUACGAUACGUUUGAGCUACUUCAUCUGGACAUCUGCGGGCCCAUGGAAAAGGAUUCGCUCGGUGGCAGCAAAUAUUUGCUGCUGAUCAUCGACGAAGCCAGUGGAUGCAUGAAGGGCUUUUGUCUACGAGUGAAGUCCGAGAGUGAAGACUACAUCCGGAAAUAUAUCACCAUGGUACAGACGCAAUUCUGUAAGAAGGUCAAGUUCGUGCGACACGACGGAGCUCGCGAGUUUGCAACCAACUCGCUUCAACUGUUCUACGAAGACGAAGGCAUUGAACAGCAGACAACGGUGCCGUAUGCACAUCAAACAAACGGAACAGCAGAGCGUGCCAUUAGGACUAUUGUCACGAUCGGCCGCAGCAUGCUUCAUCAUGCCAAACUGGACAAGUGUUUCUGGGCCGAAGCAGCGAUGACGGCCAUCUACGUCAAGAAUCGACUGCCGUCACCUAAAGUCGUGCACAAGACCCCCGUUUGA